UUUUAAGUGAGUAGCAAAUCAUUUUUUCCAUAAUUGUAUGUAUAUCAUAUGAACUUAAAGUAUGUGUAGUAUCAAUAUAAAUAUUUUAUAUAAAAUGAGAAAUAUAAACUAGAAAUAUAAGGUUAAUUAUACAUAUGUUCGGAUAGCUUCGGAUAUCCAUUCGGGUUCGGGUAUUAUCUGUUCGGGUUCGGAGAUGGAAGUUUCUUCUCUGCUAUCCUAUCUUCUCUGCUAUUAUACAUAUGUUCGGAUAGCUUCGGAUAUCCAUUCGGAUUCUAUACACACUCAGAUGGAAGCUAAAAUGGGUUUAUUGGAGACUGAGUUAAAGAACGAGAUGGCCAUAUUAAGGGAAGAAAUAAAUGUUCUUAAAGGGAAAGAUGAUGAAAAAAUUCCUUCAAAUGCUGGCAACUCCAAAGUACAAGACGAUGAUGACACUUGUAGCAACACGAUGUCAUGGAUGGUUCAGACAAAAAAAAGUUCUAUUGAUGGUUUACCAAUACAACGUGUCGUUAAAAAGGAGAAGAAGAAUAAGAAGACGAUGCCGGUGAAGGAAGAUGUAAAGCCAUUGAAAAAAGUCAAGACAGAGAAAGCAUUUAGUAUCCCAGAGCUGAAUGACCAAUCCAUUUCCACAGAUGACUGGGAGAAUAAUCUAAAAUGGGAGAAGAGUGUAAAGUGUAGACAGGUGUUGGAAGCACUUGUUUCAGAUGUGGAGCCUAGACGCAGGCGAAAACAGCAGUUGACGAAGACUCAAGUUUGGCCUUUUGUAGGGAAUCCAACAGUGAAGCGUAUCAUAACUGGUGUCUCCAAGGAACCUUAUGACCCAUUAUCUAAGGUGGAUCCAGACAGAAAGUAUUGGACUUCAUUAAGUCUGAUUUAUAAGUUUCUUCUCUGCUAUCCUAUCUUGUUCUUUCUUAAUAGUCUGGUUUGUAAGUCUUAUUCUUUGUUUUUCUUCUUUGUAGGGAAAAGGACGAGUCCGGUUUUGCUUACGUAAGCACAUAAUUUUAUGUGAAGUUGAUUAUACCGAGAGAAGCUUGGCCAACAAUUUGUUACGGGUAAGAAGUGGCUUGCAGAUGUUGACACUCUCUUCCUCUGUCACCAUGUCAACAGUGACCACUGGGUUGCUUUACGCAUUGAUCUUGUUAAGGAGGUAAUACAUGUGUACGAUAGCAUUCCAUCUAUGGUGACUGAUAAGAAGAUGCACGAGGAGUGCAGGCCUUUCAGAAAAAUGCUUCCGGCUCUGCUCAAUAAGAUGGUGGAUGGGAGAACUAAGCGUGACAAGCAGUUCACCUUUAGCAGAUUAGCAAUAUGUAUACGUCCCUGCAGAUAUCACAGUGUAGUAAAUUAGCAAAGCAUUCUAAAUAUCACAGUGAAGUAAAUUAGCAAAGCAGUCUCAAUAUAUUACCUCCAACAAUUUCUCUACACCACGAGUUAGAGAGGUUUUCAUCAACUCGGCGUCAUGUUUUCUUGUUGCAAACCAACGUGUCAUCAUUAAGCAGAUUGACUCUAGAAGGUGAACAAUUGGCAAGCUUCUAGCACCGGACAAAACUCUGUUUAUGGACUCAGCUAUGUUACUUGUAGUGAGGUUAUAUCUAUCACCUCUAAAAUGAGCUCGUACCCACUUACAUACAUCAGCACGUUCCAAAUAUGCAUGAAGGUUGCUUGAAAUUCAGCCAACCUACACGAGUUGGUAGCUUUUUUGACCAAUCCAAACAAAUCACGCCCUCUGAACCGUAACAAGAUGUUUUUAUAUAAGUGGUACGUGCAAAUUCCUCUGCUUGCCAAUGGAUAGACCGCCGCAAUAGCUUUCCCUAUUGACUUGUGUCUAGAGAUGUCAAAUGGGCUGUCCAUGUCCAAUGGGCAUGUCCAAAUGGACAAAGCAGUUUAUUGGACAUUAUUUUUUUUAAGUCCAAAUUGUCCAGACCAAAUUGGACCAUUCCAAAUGGACCUUCCGCGGAGUCCAAUUAAAAAAUCAGUGUUAACAUACAAAAAUUCAUAUUUAAUA